AAGCAUCUACAUAAACAUGAGAAGCACAGCAAUAAUUUGAUUUUAUUGCAUCCGUAACUUUGACCUGAGAAACAUUAAUUCCAGAGAGUUUUUUCUUGCCUCUACUGCAUGAACAUAAGUCCUGCGUAAUAUUGUCUGUCCCAAGACUUGCAAAUUUUACGUCACCCACUCACCUGCUGAGGAGAAACUUGGUCAGUCACAAGACUCGAUACCCGGAGAAACCCCGAGUUCGGUAAAAAGUCCCGGCAUAUAUUCUUGGCAUCGUGUUCCAGUGUAGAUAAUCAGCAGAUCCGCAGUCUUAGAGCCGGAGAGUGUGAGAGGAGAAUGGAAAAGUGGAAGUGGAUUUCGCUAAUUUUGUGUGCGUAUGGAUUUUUUAAAGAGUUUCGACCCUCGGAGCCCUUCGUCACUGAGUAUUUGAUUGAGUACAAAAAUUUCACAAAGUCCACGGUGGUGCACGUGGCGUAUCCAAUUGCAACUUAUUCCUACCUGGCGACUCUUCCCAUUGUAUUUCUCAUCACUGACUACUUAAGGUACAAGGCCAUCAUCGUACUCGAAGCUGUCGCCUUUGUUCUCACGUACACUCUUCUCAUUUGGGGGCAUGGACUCACCACGCUCAAGGUCGUUGAGGUGUUGUAUGGACUCGCCUGCUCCACCGAGGUUGCGUAUUACACGUACAUCUACGCCAAAGUCCAUCGUGACCAGUACAAGAAAGUGACAUCCUACACAUACACGGCCAUUCUGAUUGGAAACUUUGUGGCAGCCAUAUUUUCGCAGGCUUUCGUCUCUGCAAAGUGGAUGAACUAUCAUGAACUGCACUACUUGACCUUGGUCUCUCUCACGGCCGCCCUCGCCAUCUCCGUCUUUCUGCCGGGGGUGGAAAAAUCAAUCUACUUUUACAGAAAUAUCAACUCCGAGCUCACCUCCAACAUUGACACGGGCGACGACAAGGCGACCAGAAAUCACGCGGAGGAGGACACGACCUAUGGACAACGGAUUUCUCGGGCGUACGCAACACUGUGGUCUGACUUUCGAAAUUCGUACAGCAAUCCUCACAUCAUAAAAUGGUCCGUGUGGUGGGCAAUCGCAUCAGCAGGGUUUGUUCAAGUUGUGAACUAUGUGCAGCCGUUGUACGAGACAAUUUAUUCGUACAAAACUGGAGAGAUUUACAACGCGGGGGUGGACGCAGUUCAUACAAUUCUAAGUGCUGUGAUGGCGUUGGCUGUGGGUCAUGUUUCCUGGCCGUGGAACAAGUGGGGAGAAUCCCUGCUACUCGUGACUUCCCUUCUUCAAGGUCUCCUCCUCAUUCUGAUGUCACAAACGGGAUCCAUUGUGGCAGCCUAUGUCUGCUACAUCGCCUUCCGUACUUUGUACCAGGUCAUGAUUACCGUUGCAAGCUCUGAGGUGGCGCAAGGAAUCAGUGACGACAGCCAUGGACUAAUUUUCGGGUUGAAUCGAUUCAUUUCCCUCGUUUUACAAAGCGUUUUGACGUUCGUUCUAACUGAUGAGAAUGGACUGUCGCUUGAUCUACGCCCUCAAUUUCUAGUUUAUGGUAUUUAUUUUGUAGUUUUGGGAAUAGUUUUUGGCAUUGCGUGUGUGAUCACUUGCCGCAGACGGCUCCACGCGAAUCAAGACGGUCGGAACGAAAUUAGUGCAAAUAGUCAAUGAUGAAAUGAAUCUAAACCUUCCUGACGAUGAAGAAAUUCGUAGUUAGAGAUAUUAAUUGAAAUAAUAUGAUGGUGCAAGCAAUAAAUGAUAUACGGUGCGUUCGUUAAAAAUCUACAGUGCUGUGCUAUUUAGCCGUAUGGUCCAAAAACCAGGCGAAGCAAAAUAUUUUUAUAUAGUCAAUCAGUGUCCAAAUGAAACAAGGCAAUAAAAUUUAAUGUUAUUUAAUACUUUA